AUUCAUGUCCGUGCGGGCCUCAGUGCAAAUGUAGAUUUAGUUUCAGUAGGUGUAUUGUUCAUGGUGGAAAAUGCAGAAUAAGAAUAUAUAUCCUGGACACUUUUGUUAUAUAAACUGUUGAAAUUUGCGGUUGAAAGUAAAUCUUAAACAGACCUUUGGCGUACUAGUGUCAUCAUAAUGUACGGAGCAUCGUAUAUUGGGGAGCCUAUUCAGCAGGAUGACAACUACAAAGACUUCUGCGGAACAAUCAUCGACGGUGGUCUCAAACAUGCCUAUUAUAAACAAGAAGACCAAUCUUAUACCGACGAGUACUACCAAAAGAAAGUCUUCACCGACGAGAAACGGAAGGUAACCAUCAUUGGUGGCGGGAUAGCAGGUCUCGUUACGGCAUUUGAACUUGAACAGAUAGGACACGAGGUGCAGAUUUUGGAACUGCAAUCUCGAGUGGGUGGAAGGAUCAAGACAUGUAGGGAAAAGUUUUUCGAUGGGUUGCACAGCGAAGGUGGUGCCAUGCGUCUACCAAGGAAUCACUUCCUAACUCACGCCUACCUGGAAAAGUUUGACAUUGAAUUGAGACCGUUCCAAAACUACCAGGAAAACGCUUAUAUGUAUCUCUAUGGCGACAAAAUAACAAUGAAAGAUUUUUUAAAAAACAAUAAGAUGUACUGCGACCGGUAUUGGCCUGGUUGGGAUGCAAAUAUUCCUCGCCAUUUAAAGAAAGAAGUUACAGGCGUUUUGGACUACUUCGAUCGAACAACGGCUCCCGUGAUGGAACAAAUUAGAAAUAACCAUACCAAAAAGGGUUGGGAUGUUUGGUUAGAAACAUGGAGCAAACUUUCGGUUGAAGGCUUCCUAAGGAGUCCCAAAGACCCAAACAACGAACUUCUUCCUUGGCCUGAAGUUGCUAUCACGGCCUAUAAGGUAACAUCAUACUCCCCGAUGUUGGACAGUUCGUUGGUGAAUGGGUUACGCGAGACACUAGGUGGCUGGUGGGGAAACGAUCUCCAGACACCUGUGGAUGGAAUGGACGCUCUUCCAAAGGCAUUCCUUCGAAACAAAAAUGGCUACCAUGGAGACAUCAAUCUUUCAAGGAAAAUUUUCUUCAACAUGAAAGCAGAGAAGAUCGAGGUAUCUGAAAACGGUCGCGGCAGGAGGACAACCGUUUUUGCCAGAAACGUUACCACUGGUCAGCAGUACAAGUUCGAAGGUGAUGCUGUUUUUGUAACUGUCCCCUUACACAUUCUGAGAAACAUCGAGAUGCCAAAGUUCCUCACACCGCAGCUGAGUGAUGCAAUCACUGACAUGAACUACGCUGCAUCCACAAAGAUAAUGCUACAGUCACGAGAAAGGUUCUGGGAAAAACAAGGUAUUAUUGGAGGCUUCAGCAAGACCAACAUGACAAUAGGCCAGUUGCACUAUCCAGGCUACGAGGCUGACCAGGAAGACAAGGACGACAAGGACGACCACGUUCGUGAAGAUAAAAGAGGCAUACUGAUGGUUUACACAUGGGGCACUGAUGCCCUGAUUCUCGGCUCACAGACGCACCAAGAAGCUAUCCAGACCGCUGUCAACCAAAUCAGCAAAAUCCAUCCAGAAUUUAUCGAUGACAAUCAGUUUGAAGUUGCAAUGGUACAAGCUUGGGAGAACGACCCGUCGGCACAAGGAGCUUUUGUCAGUCUGAAACCACACGAGUAUCUCGAUGACAUGAAAACCAUCUUCAAAUCCAGUCCACCUGUCUAUUUCGCAGGAGAAGCGAUCUCAUGGGCGAAUGGAUGGAUCCAGGGUGCGAUAUUCUCUGCUUUGCUACAAGCUUACCGUUUCCAAGCUUACUUGGAAGCACCUGAAAAAAAUUUAGAAGCGUUGAUGUUUAACAAUAUGUUUACCAGAUUUUCUUCAGCAAAGCCUCCACACUUUGGACGUGGCAAGAAACGUUCCAAAAAAGAAAUACAAAGUCAGCAAACAAGGGUACCAAAGAAGAAAAGAGAGUAACGACAUAGUAAAUUGAGUUACUACCAAACAUUGUGAGAUUGAGUUAUGCCUCUCAACUACCGUAUACGCUUCUUAUGACCUUUCUCAACAACCAUAUUUUAAUUAGAAAUAUAAAACAAUUACAUGUUUCUUACAUUUGUUCUUUUAUCGCCAAUUAACACGCAUAUACACCAUAUAUACAUAUAUUCAUCGUUAAAACUUAAACCUAUUGUAAAUAAAGCAGUUUACCUAUUUCAUCGUAGAAUGUCAAAUAUAAUGCUCUUCUAUUAUCAAUCGUUUUUGGGUGUUUUUUUUGCUUAUUAAACCUAUGAAAAUGAAUUGAGACAUAAUUGUUCAUACAUUUAAAACUUUCUGGUAUAGGUACAUUACUUACAUAAAUAUUUCAUGCUUUUCUUGUUAUCAUUAAUAAGACACAGGUGACGGACUCAACACCACUGAAAAACCAUCAAAAUCAAGAAUACAAUGUAGAAAGAAAUGUGUGUACAUGUAUAGUAAUGCCAUUAUUGAUACAAGUAUGACAAAUCAUAAAUGACAUAGUCGUAAUUUCUAGUUUGUGUUUUGUUUCCCUGUCCUAUAAUACUACCUUGAGAAGUGAAAACAUGUUAAACCUUUGUACUUUAGAUUGAUUGUAUCUCAUACUAGAUGUGUCAAGUUUAUCAUUAAAAUUUCAAGACAG